AAAUUUGUCCAAAAAAACCCACAAAGAAGAACUGCAAACUCUACAGGAAGGUCGUUAAUAGCUUUUAGCACAUGUAGCUAACAGAAAAAUGGCUGGACUCAUAAACUUUGAAGAUGAAAAUGAAGUGAAACAGUUUUUGGAUAAUUUGGCUGUGGAAUACAGUUUCCAGUGCUACAGUGAGAAGGAUCCUGAAGGAUGCUACAGGCUCGCUGACUACAUGGAUUCAGUCAAGAGAAACUUUGAAUCAGCAGCACAAAUAUUCAGAUACAACUGUGAAACAAACGGACAUGGAGACAGCUGCUAUAAACUGGGGUCUUAUCAUUUGGUAGGAAGAGGUGGUGUGCCUCAGUGUCUGAAAUCAGCCUAUUCUUGCUUUAUGCGCUCCUGCAACACUGGAGGGAAAAAGGCUAAUGCUGCCUGUCAUAGCAUCGGUUUGUUAGCUCAGGACAAACGAGCUAUGGAAGGAGGACCUGACUUUGCAGUAGCGCGGCAGUACUUUGAGAAGGCCUGCAAUGGUGGCUUCGGACCUUCCUGCUUCAACCUCAGUGCCAUGUACAUGAAGGACCAUUCCAAGGGGCUGCCGCCUGAUAUGACUCUGGCGUUUAAGUAUGCCAUGAGGGCUUGUGACCUGGGACACGUGUGGGGCUGUGCCAAUGCAAGUCGCAUGUACAAACUUGGUGAUGGUACAGAAAAGGAUGAAACUAAAGCGGAGGAGCUGAAGAAUAAAGCAAAGAUGUUAUAUGGUGUAGAGAAGGAACAGCAGCUAAAAUUUGGGGAUUGAAUUUGACAUUCUUGAAGAAAUGUGUAUACAUGCAUGCUCAGGAAAAGACCAAAGCAGUCAGUGGGUUCACAUGAUUUGUUAGUUCAGAAAGAAAUGUGAAAUUAAAAAAAAAAAAAAAAACCUUCUUUUGUAUCCUGGAGAAU